AUGGCAGCACUACAUAUCAACGACGAUCCCAAUGGCAUGACUCUCAACGAUGUCAACCCAAACUCGACAUACUGGGAUCCUGUAUGGUCGAAUGUCACGACGCUUCAGGCAGGUGGGAUCAAAGUCCUCAUGAUGAUGGGCGGUGCGGCCGCCGGCAGCUAUCCAAGGUUGUGCGGUACCGCUGUCCCAGCAAUAAUCAACGAGAAGUACUAUGGCCCGCUUCGAGACACCAUCAAGUUCCACAAGCUCGACGGCAUGGAUCUUGACAUCGAAGAGAGUGUUGACAUAACAUGCGCCCUCGCAUUAUUGCAACGGCUCGAUGCAGACUUUGGUAGCGACUUCAUCCUCACGAUGGCCCCAGUAGCUUCAGCCCUCAUGCCUGGUGGCCCUGGUCUGAGCGGCUUCGACUACACCAAACUAGACGCCAUGGCCACCUCACCAACCCGUCCGAACGGCAAAUUAGUAGACUGGUACAACGCCCAGUUCUACAAUGGCUGGGGCGAUGCAAGCACCCAAGUCAACUACGACGCCAUCAUCUCCACAGGCGGCUGGUCGCCAGAACGGAUAGUGAUGGGUGUCCUCGACGACAAGAAUGAUGGUGGUUCGGGUUUCGUGCCGAUCAAGACGCUGAUGUCUACUAUUAUGCAAUUGAGGUCGAAUUAUCCCAUGUUUGGGUGUGCGGUGGGGUGGGAGUACUGGGAUGCUGGUGUGAACGAUGGGUAUACUUAUCCGUGGCAAUGGGUGAAAGAAGUGGCGACGAGUGUCUUUGGGCAGAACAGCGAGCUACCGGUGCAGAAUCUGACGAGUUCGCCUGUGCCGAAUGCGCCUGCUCCUAACCCAGGUCUUACGCAGACGCUUGUUGACCUAGGCGCUUCUUGGCAGUGGGCUGUCUGGGCGCUUAACGUUACGGAUUUCAACCUGCUGGCGGCGGAACAGUUGCUUGGUCUGCCUCUGUGA